AUGUCUUCUCCUGAAUCCCCCGGGUCUGGGCCAGAGCCUCGCUCUUCGUCGGACGAGGCCCCCGGGCCUGCAAAGGAAGUGAGGUCCAUAGGCGCCACUCAAGGGAAGAACAGAGACGAAUGCAAGAAACUUUUAAAAGCCCUGUGCCAAAUGGAGCCCCACGAACUGAAUAUUAAUUCCAAGGACACGUAUCUCCUGAUGCGAAGUAGUGGUCUCAAAGUCGCCCUCCUGGCCCAACAUCAAGGGAAUACAAAGAAAGAAGAAUUCGAGGGUUCUGUCAGAAAUGCUUUUAGAGAUGCUCGCCUGGUGGGCGGAAAGCUAGAUGGUAAAGACAGGGCUUUGCGUGAGUUGGCUCACCUCGGCACCAACGCCGUGGGGUACUGGGAGGAUGAAGGCAUCGGGUGGAAAUUCCUCGAAUGCUCAAAGAGCGAAUUCAACGACUUGGGUCGGCACGAAGAUAUCGAUGCCUUGCUGAACUACUUUGCGGACUCACCGUUAGGCCCAAAGUUAGAUUCUAGGUUAGGCUCGGAGAACUCAGAUCUCCCAACUGUGGACUUCUAA